AUGGCUGCGCCACCGUUGCCGGGGCAACGUCGUUACUUCCGUUGGUUUCAAUGCUUCCGGGUUGGCGCUGCGGAGGCGUUUCCGACUGUGGGAACCCAGUCGUCUGCCGUGCCGGAACAGUAUCAGAAAAGUUCUACUGUAAGCCAUGAGAUGUCUGGUCUGAAUUGGAAACCCUUUGUUUAUGGCGGCCUUGCCUCUAUUGUUGCUGAGUUUGGAACUUUUCCUGUGGAUCUUACCAAAACACGGCUUCAAGUCCAAGGCCAAAGCAUCGAUGUUCGAUUCAAAGAGAUAAAAUAUAGAGGGAUGUUUCAUGCCCUGUUUCGAAUCUAUAAGGAAGAAGGUAUCUUGGCUCUGUAUUCAGGAAUUGCUCCUGCUUUACUAAGACAGGCAUCAUAUGGCACCAUUAAAAUUGGGAUUUACCAAAGCUUGAAGCGAUUAUUUGUGGAACGUUUGGAAGAUGAAACUCUUCUAAUUAAUAUGAUCUGUGGUGUAGUGUCAGGAGUGAUAUCUUCCACUAUAGCCAACCCCACCGAUGUUCUAAAGAUUCGAAUGCAGGCACAAGGGAACCUGUUCCAAGGAAGCAUGAUUGGCAGCUUCAUUGAUAUAUACCAGCAAGAAGGCACCAGGGGUCUGUGGAGAGGUGUGGUCCCAACUGCUCAGCGUGCUGCUAUUGUUGUGGGAGUAGAACUACCAGUCUAUGAUAUUACCAAAAAGCAUCUGAUACUGUCAGGAAUGAUGGGAGACACCAUUUUAACUCACUUUGUUUCCAGCUUUACAUGUGGCUUGGCUGGAGCUCUGGCAUCCAAUCCAGUUGAUGUGGUGCGAACUCGAAUGAUGAAUCAGAGGGCAAUUGUGGGACAUGUUGACCUUUACAAGGGCACUUUGGAUGGCAUUUUAAAGAUGUGGAAACAUGAGGGCUUUUUUGCACUCUAUAAAGGAUUUUGGCCAAACUGGCUUCGACUUGGGCCCUGGAACAUCAUUUUUUUUAUUACAUAUGAGCAGCUCAAGAGGCUUCAAAUCUAAGAAUUGGAUAUAUCUGUAAGCCCAGCCUUUGUACUGUUUUUCCUUUCCCCAAUCUUCGUGUUCUAAUGUAUUUUGACAAAGUUGUAAGUGUUUACUGAACCAAUGGUCUUACAAAGGCAUCCUGAUGGAAGAACAAUAGAUGGUUCAAAGUCAUUUAUGUAUUUGUGAUACCAUGUUAACUUUUUCCUGAGAGAAAGUGUUAACAUUGAAAGUCUGGCCUCAGAUUGGUAUCUUCUAUGAAGAUGGAUACUGAUGGGUAACAUUCAAAAUGGCCUUCUUCCCAAAUGUGUGUUAAAUGUAAUUGGUUAGAACCAAACUUGGGCUAGACCAGAAGGUGUAGGCCAGGAUAAUUACUGCUGUGUAUGUUAUGUAGACCUUGGUUCUCAUUAAAGUAUUUAUUGGCAGAAUGA